UCUUGAGUUGAGAGGGGUGGUCGCGACUCGGUGAAACGGUGCCGCUAAUAGCGCAUAAACACUCGUAAAACAUGAACACGAAUCUUUUUUUAGCCGUCGACUAUAUUUGUGCAGUCAUCUGGAGUGAAAUUUCAUCUUUUAAGGGUUUGAUUUGUGUGGUCGCGAGCACAUAGAGGAACAGGGUUCAUUCCAUUGGCUUUGUACAAAGUUGGGUUACUUCGGGUGACAGCCGUUGCCAUAGUUGAUGUCAGGUUAUUAUAACCAUAUGCGCAAUUAAAUGAAGUGUUGCUAUUGCAAAGCGGAUGCGUAAAACCAUGAAUUGUGACUGGUGUUGAUAUUUGGCGUAACAUAGUUUUAUUGGACACAACUUUAUUUAUUAUUUGUGCGACUGAAAACUAGUGAAACCAUGGCGGAAUCGGUCAAGACCUUUCAAGCGCACCUGACUGCUGUCAUGGACAGUUUGGUCCGCGCAUCAGUGUGCGAGAUCACCAAACUCUUCCAGGACACGGUGAACGACUACCUGGUGGAAAUCUCGCUGAACAGAAAAGAGAACGAAGCGUUGAAAUUGAGACUGAGGCUGACUGAGAAUAAACUGAGAAACGAGCGCAAAUAUGGCAUGGGCUGGGCGGCCAGUCGGCGCGCGGCUGGUCUGCUUAGCGCGGACGACACGGUGCGCAAAGCGCGCAGAACAGAUCUCCAAAGAGGCAAGCAGGGGAAGGAGUGGAGUGCUGAUGCGUGGGAGGAGGGGACUGGAGGAGUGAGGGAUGAGAGGAGGGACGUGUUCUGUGUCCAUCUGCCAACUGGAGGAGGUGUAGGUGGGGAGGAGGAAAGGAUAUGUGUCUCUGGGGAGAGGAAGGAGGUGGCCAGCAUUAAAGAGGAGGUGGAAGGCUACAGAUCAGACUCCCUGAGGCUGUUGCAAGAGGCUCUACAGAUGAACCAAACUGAAACCAGCCCUCCCUCCCCCAGUCCCACCCACGGAGAAAUGGGCCCUGCUUCUGCUGGUCCUGAAUCCGCUGCUGCUGAAGUGUGGGAGGAGCAGCCAGCCUUGUCAGAGGAACCAAUGCCCGGUGGAGACGAGCUCAGCGGACUUGAGACGGCCCUCAAGGCGGAGCGUGAACGUGAGGAGGCGGAGUCCGGCCUGGGCAGCCCGUCUCAGGAGACGUGUGGAUCUGAAGGUGUGGCGUUCAUCGGACUAGACGGUUUAUGUAGCUCUCAGCAGGCAAUGUCGUCCUCAUCACAUAGAGCAGACCCUGCUGAACUACAACUCCUAUCAGCCCCUACCAACAAGGAAGAGGAGUCAGGAGGAGAGAGCGGGGACAUGCUGCACUUCUGCGCACGCUGCGGCAGCGGCUUCAGUUCCACAUCUGACCUCAUGAAACACUCCUGCCCUGCGGCCGAGGAGCGGCCCUAUCAGUGCUCUGUGUGCGGGAGAGCAUUCGGCCACGCCUGGAGCCUUAAGAGCCACGAAUGCAUCCAGGCGUGUGAGCAGCUGCACCACUGCGAACUCUGCAGCAAACGCUUCACGCACUCGCGUUCCCUCGAGCGCCAUCAGCUGGUUCACACAGGUGAGCGGCCCCACAGGUGCCCGCAGUGCGGCCGCAGCUUCAGUCGUCUCGGGAACCUGGAGAGGCAUCAGCGCAUCCACACUGGUGAAAGACCAUAUGAGUGCGGGACGUGUGGGAAACGUUUCAGUCGAGUGGAAUACCUAAAACGGCAUCAGCACACCCACAUUAGCGAUAUAAUGGUGAAACUCCCACCGCUGCGAAACUCUCACCACUGCUCUCAGUGCAACCAAACAUUCAGUGAUACUGAGCAGUUCAAGAAGCAUCAAUGUCCGUACAACACAUAAUGUUAUUCAGUGUUCAUGAGAAUCUACUAGACCUUAACUAGAAAACCACAGCACUCAAAAGACCUCAUUCUUCAUAAUUCUUUUAACUUGUUGUAUCCUCUAUUAACAUCUUACCACAUGCUUCUGCCUUUAAUGACCCCAAAAUCACUGACUUGCACCCAGAACUUCAAAGCACAGCACAUUUACACGUAGUGCAAUUAUAUUUUAAAGUGAAAUUUCGUAUUUAUUAUUAUUUAGAAACUGUCUACUCAUUAUUCACAGUGAAUAUCUCUCUCUCUCUCUCUGAGAGAGAGAGAGAGAGAGAGAGAGAGAGCGAGAGAUCAACAUAUUGAUCACCUCUGUUUCAAUUCCAACAGUCUAUCAAUGCAGAUAACUCUAUUUUUGUUAUGUCAGGCUCCUUAUAACAGGCUGUGAAAUAUUUUUUGUGAACAAAGACAUUUACAGAAGCUUGUUGUUUCUUAUUAAUAACAAAUAGAAUGCUUAUUUAUGCAUUCUUAUGAAUCUUUUUCCUCUCAUAGGACCCAUGUGUUGUUUUCACUCCUUUUUUACUCAACACAGAAGUGAAAUAUUUGUUGUGAUGAGAAUUGCUUUUUUGUCAUGUUGUAUUCUAUUUACUCAAUGAUUUCAUACUGUAUUGAACAAUAUGUAACAUUGU